AAAAAUUUAAUUUAAUGUUAUUUUAUUUUUCUCGCUAAGAAGAAACCAAAAAAACCAAUACUGCUAGUUCUUGAAAGAGUAGUGUACCAUCAUCAUCAAGAAGCCCUGAUCUGUUGUGUUGUGGGAUCACAUUCCGAUCCACCUUCUCGUUGCUGUGUUGUGAGAUCACAGGUCUGCGCCAUCAAAACAAUCCAAAGCCAAAUUGGAUUAUUUUUGACAAAAUGUCCGGCCAAAGCCAGCGCUUGAAUGUUGUUCCUACUGUCACAAUGCUUGGAAUUAUGAAAGCUCGCCUUGUUGGUGCCACAAGAGGUCAUGCUCUUCUCAAGAAGAAGAGUGACGCUUUAACUGUGCAGUUCCGGCAGAUUCUCAAGAAAAUUGUCUCAACAAAAGAAUCAAUGGGAGAUAUCAUGAAAACAUCCUCCUUCGCCCUAACUGAAGCCAAAUAUGUUGCUGGCGAGAACAUCAAGCACAUUGUACUUGAAAAUGUCCACAAUGCAUCCCUUAAAGUUCGAUCCCGGCAAGAAAAUGUUGCAGGUGUCAAGCUCCCCAAGUUUGAGUAUUUCACUGAAGGCGAGACAAAGAAUGCCCUGACUGGAUUAGCUAGAGGUGGGCAGCAGGUGCAAGCCUGCCGUGCUGCUUAUGUGAAAGCGAUCGAGGUUCUGGUCGACCUUGCUUCUCUCCAAACGUCAUUCUUGACACUCGAUGAGGCAAUCAAGACUACAAAUCGUAGGGUCAACGCGUUGGAGAAUGUUGUGAAGCCGAGGUUGGAGAACACAGUAACUUACAUCAAGGGGGAGCUAGAUGAGCUGGAAAGGGAGGAUUUCUUCAGACUGAAGAAGAUACAAGGUUAUAAGAAGAGGGAGAUAGAGAGACAGCUUGAAGCUUCCAGGCAAUUUGCGGAGGAGCAGAUUGCAGAGAAUAUUUCUUUGCAGAAAGGGAUUUCAAUUAAUUCAGCCCAUAGCUUCUUGUCUGAUGCAAUGCAGAAAGAUGAGGACAUUAUUUUCUGAUGUGGAGGUUAUUUUUCAUUUGCUUUCUAUUAUGUUGUUUUGCUUUGGCUCCGCUAUUUGUUAUUUAUUGAAUUAGGUGGAUGAGAGAUUUAUUUUGAAUAAAAGCUGCAUGUAUGUCCCAUUGAUUAAAUCAAAGUAUGCAUAGCCA